ACAGGAUAAGAUCUCUUCCUAUAUGGACCAUGAGCAAUCACUCUCUCUCUAAAACAGAGCAGAAGUUUCUCUGUCUGAACUUCUAUAGUCCACUAGACACCCAUUCAAGUAUUGCGCAUAACCAUUAGAAUCUCUCACUCGACUCGACCGAGAACGAAAUCUUGUCUCUCUAGACAUCUCGUGUCCAAAUUCCAAACGCGCUCAUUCAGCCAUUGCAGGUGAUAACACAUCUAUAGACCCCAAAUUCCAAAACACACUCAUUCAGCAAUUGCAGGUGAUAACAUAUCUAAAGACCCACUGAACAGCUUACCCAACUUCUCAAAAUUCUUUCUUUUUCUAAAGAAAGGGAAUCCAACCAUGGCUUCAAUCCCUGCAGGUACCCAUCUCCAUUCCAACCAUCCCCCAAAAUCCAUCCUCAAAAACCCACAAAAAUGGAGGAGGAAAACUUCCUCCAAAUUUAGCGUACUUUGCCAGUCCAUCCCUACACAGUCAGCCCCAAAACCUCCUCCAACCACAGCAACACCUUCUCUCUCUGAACAGCUAAAACCUCUCUCUGAGUCCUUCCUCUCUGCAAAAAACCCAUCUCCCCAAUCUGUGAGAAAACCCAAGUCCACAUGGGUAAACCCCACAAGGCCAAGACCCUCUGUUCUCUCUCUGCAAAGGCAUAAACGCCCUGGCUAUACCUGGAACCCCCACCUAAAAGAACUCCGGCUCUUGGAGAAACUGGGUGAGACUGAACUCUCUGAAGACGGUUUCAGAGUGGUUUUAUCAGAGCUUGGAGAAAAACCCACAAAAGAUAAUGCUCUAUUGAUCAUGAAUUUGUUGAAAACAUGGCAAAAAACCCACUUUUUUUUUAACUGGUUGAGGGAACAGGAGGACCUUGCCAUGGACACCAUUUUCUACAAUGUUAUGAUGAAGAGCCUGAGGAAUGGGAAGCAAUGGGAAGUCCUUGAGGAACUGGCGAUGGAGAUGAUUGAAAAAGGUAUCCAGCUCGAUAAUGUUUCUUACUCCACCAUUAUCACCUGUGCUAAAAGAUGCAAUUUUUUUGAUAAAGCCAUCGAAUGGUUCGAGAGAAUGUACAGGACUGGCUUGAUGCCUGAUGAGGUGACCUACUCUGCAAUUCUCGAUGUCUAUGCGAAAUUAGGUAAAACUGAAGAGGUUUUGAGCUUAUAUGAUCGAGCUCGAGCAGACGGGUGGGAACCAGAUGCAGUGACAUUCUCGGUUUUGGGCAAAAUGUAUGGUGAAAUAGGAGAUUAUGAUGGAAUUCAAUAUGUUCUCCAAGAAAUGAGAGGAAUUGGGAUAAAACCCAAUUUGAUUGUGUACAAUACUUUGUUAGAGGCCAUGGGAAAGGCUGGAAAGCCAGGCCUAGCAAGGAGCCUCUUCGAUGAAAUGAUUCGCUCUGGUUUACAGCCUAAUGUGAUCACACUAACUGCUCUGAUUAAGAUUUAUGGGAAGGCUAGGUGGGCUAGGGAUGCUUUUGAACUUUGGGAAGAGAUCAAAUCAAACAACUGGCCUGUCGAUUUCAUAUUGUAUAAUACAUUGCUCAGCAUGUGUGCCGAUCUUGGACGAGAGGAAGAAGCUGAGAAGCUCUUUGAUGAUAUGAAAAAGUCGGAGCUGUGUAAGCCUGAUAGUUGGAGCUAUACUGCAAUGCUCAACAUAUAUUGCAAUGGUGGGGAAGUGGAGAAGGCCCAUGAAUUGUUUAGAGAGAUGCUAGGAUCUGGUAAUAAGCUCAAUGUGAUGAGUUUCACUUGCUUGAUCCAGUGUUAUGGAAGAGCUAAGAGGUUUGAUGAUGUUGUGGAGGUAUUCAAUAUAAUGGUAGAGAGAGGAGUCAGACCUGAUGAUAGGCUUUGUGGCUGCCUUCUCUCAGUGCUCACAUUUUCCAAGAAUGGUGAAUUUGGGAGUGUCUUGAUUUGCUUAGAGAAAGCGAAUCGAAGGUUGGUUCACUUUAUUGAUAUUCUUGAUAAAGAGGAAGCAACUCUGGAUAUGGUUAAAGAAAAAUUCAGAGAGAUACUUAACGAAUCAGUUGUGGAAGUUAGGAGACCUUACUGUAAUUGUUUGAUUGAUAUUUGCUGCAAUAGGGGUCUCACAAAGAGAGCACAUGAAUUGCUCUAUUUAGGGAACCUUUUCGGGUUGUAUUCAAACUUAAACACGAAGACAGAGAUGGAAUGGUCUUUGAACCUUAGGUCUCUAUCAGUUGGUGCUGCAUUCACUGCAUUUGAGGAGUGGUUGAGGGCAUUGAUUGAAGGGAUUGAACACAACGAGCGGUUGCCAACGUGCUUUGCUAUUCAUACUGGUGUAGGAGGGAGAAAGUUGUCUCAAGGGUUGGCUGAUUCUCUCUCUUUGCAUUUGAAGAAGAUGGGUUCCCCGUUUCAGCAGAGCGAGGAGAGAGCAGGGUGGUUUGUUGCCGCUAGAGAGGAAGUGGUCUUGUGGGUUCGGUCUUUAGAUUCAAAGUCUCUUUUGGCUACAGCAUGAAGGGGCAUUCAGAUGGGAGGAGCAAGAUUAAGUUUGUAGAUUUCAUUUCAAAGCAAAGAGAGGAGGGUUUAGGUGGUGCUGCUUUUGGUUUAACCAUUAAACAGAAUGAAUCAAUCUCUGCGGUUCAAAAUAGUAAGAGUACAAUUGGAUUAUCAGAUUUUCAAAUUCCCCUGCUUGGGAUAUCUACAUCGAGAGAUGUACUAUGCUCAUCUUAGUUGCUUAGAUAUCUAAAUCUAGAUGUGUACAAUGCUUAUCUUAGUUGUUCUUUCUAGUUCUUUCCCAUGUCUCUGAAUUGGUCUUUUAGAUCUCAUUCGGCUGUUUUGCAGAUCAAGUUCAUGUUAAACUACCGGCACUUGUAUUAGUGUUGAGAACACUUGGUUCUAUGGUUCGCAGAACAAAUUAGACUAUACCUGUGGCAUUGUGGCAACACUGUAUGUUAUCUUCAAGCUUAUAUAACGGCAUCUAAAUUUAGAGUUUAUUUGGUUUCAA